AUGUCGGUACCAUUCUUGCCAGCCAUUGACCUGGCCCAAGGCCUCAACGCCUCUGCAGGCCUCAGCGCCGCCAGUCUUGGUCACGUCGGUGCCGUCUACGCUGUCGCAACCCAACAGACGAUCGAUGCCGCCUUCGACCACCUCACCCAGACUGCCACCCGCUUCGGCACCUACUUCGACUGCACAAAGCUCGACUCCACCGACGACAUCCUGUCAUUGCUUGACGCCGGCGCAGUCAAGGUCUUUGUUUCCAGCUCGCAAUUGCAAAAUAUCCAGAACAAGAAUGUCGAUGCUUCGCGACUAGUCUUGUCGCUUGCCGGUGCUGGUAACUCGGCAUUGGACGUGCUCCAAGGCAACGAGGUUGGAAUUUACCUCGCUGGCAUCGCCGACGUUACUGCCGUCGAGAGCCUGCUUGAAGCCUACGGAUCAAACAGGCCUCCCGUCUACGUCUCGCUUGCCCAGCCCACCCUGGAGAAGGCCCUCCAAAUCGCCCACAUCAACGCGACUCCUGUCAUCGCCGCCCAGCACCUCACCGUCGACUCCAAGAGCCAGCCCAACCUCAUUCCCGCCGCCCCUCUCCUUCUCGCAAACGCCACCACCGACAGACCCGAUGGUCUCUUCACCACCCUGGUCACCGACGAGCGCGGCGUCGCUCUCGGUCUCGUCUACAGCAGCGAGGAGAGCAUCUCCGAGAGCUUGCGUACCGGUCGCGGCGUCUUCAACAGCAGGAAGCGUGGCUUGUGGUACAAGGGCGACACCAGCGGAGACAUUCAAGAGUUGAUUCGCAUCGACAAGGAUUGUGAUGGCGAUGCUCUUCGUUUCAUCGUUCACCAGAAGGGCAGAGGCUUCUGCCACUUGGCCACCCCCACCUGCUUCGGUGAUUACGCUGGCUUGUCGCGUCUCGAAAAGACCCUCUCAAGCCGCAAGCGUUCGGCCCCUGAGGGUUCCUACACUGCCCGUCUCUUCAACGACCCCAAGAUGCUGUCAGCAAAAAUCCUCGAGGAGGCGCAAGAGCUGGUUGAUGCCACCGAGAAGGACAACAUUGCUUCUGAAGCUGCCGACGUCAUCUACUUCGCUCUGACUAAGUGCAUCGCCAACGACGUGUCCCUCGAGGACAUCGAGCGCAACCUGGAUGCAAAGAACCUCAAAGUCAAGAGGAGAAAGGGAGAUGCCAAGCCUCAGUUCGCUGAGAAGGUUGGCAUGCAAGUCAACGGUGACAAGGAGAUGGUCAAGGAAGCUGCUUCGGUACCAAAGGCCAAGGAGGACCCAGCAGGCACCAUCGAUGGCAGAAUUAGCAUGCGCCGCUACUACACAACCAAGGAGACCAAAGACACUGUCCAGCAGGCUCUGCAGCGUCCCUCUCAGAAGUCAACCGAGCGCAUCAUGGGUAUUGUCAACCCCAUCAUUGAGGGUGUCCGUAAGGGCGGUGACAAGGCUCUGCUCGAGUACACUCACAAGUUCGAAAAGGCUACAUCACUUACAACCACUGUUCUCAAGGCCCCCUUCCCCGAGAGCCUCAUGCAGAUUGCUCCCGAGACCAAGGAGGCCAUAGACAUUUCAUACGAAAACAUCCGCAAGUUCCACGCUGCACAAGAGACUGAAGAUCUUCGUGUCGAGACUAUGCCUGGCGUUGUCUGCUCUCGCUUUGUCCGUCCCAUCGAGCGUGUUGGUUUGUACGUCCCCGGCGGUACUGCUGUUCUUCCUUCGACCACCCUGAUGUUGGGUGUGCCAGCCAAGGUCGCUGGAUGCAAGAAAAUCGUCAUUGCCUCUCCUCCCCGCUCCGAUGGCUCGAUCACCCCUGAGAUCGUCUAUGUCGCUCACAAGGUUGGUGCUGAGAGCAUUGUUUUGGCUGGUGGUGCUCAAGCUGUUGCUGCCAUGGCUUACGGUACUGAGUCGGUCACCAAGGUCGACAAGAUUCUUGGCCCCGGUAACCAAUUUGUCACUGCUGCUAAGAUGAUCGUCUCCAACGACACUUCCGCUGGAGUCAGUAUUGACAUGCCUGCUGGACCUUCCGAGGUCAUGGUCAUCGCUGACUCGUCCGCCAACCCUGCUUUCGUUGCCUCGGACUUGUUGUCACAGGCAGAGCACGGUGUUGACUCGCAGGUUGUACUCAUCGCCAUUGAUAUGAGCGAGAAGGAGCUACAAGCUGUCGAGGACGAGCUCCACAACCAAGCAAUUGCUCUGCCCCGUGUCGACAUUGUUCGCGGCGCCAUUGCUCACAGUUUGACGCUGGUCGUCAAGACUCGUGAGGAGGCUAUGGAGUUGAGUAACUUCUACGCUCCUGAGCACUUGAUUCUGCAAGUCGAGGACGCCGAGGCCUACACCGAGACUGUCGACAACGCCGGUUCUGUCUUCAUCGGCCCCUGGACCCCCGAGUCGGUUGGUGACUACUCUGCUGGUGUCAACCACUCUCUACCCACAUACGGUUACGCCAAGCAGUACUCGGGCGUCAACCUCAGCUCCUACCUCAAGCACAUCACCAGCGCAAACUUGACUGCCCAGGGUUUACGCAACGUCGGCACGGCAGUCAUGCAACUCGCCAAGGUUGAGCAACUCGAGGCUCACAGACGCGCUGUCGAGAUCCGCAUCCAGCAGAUGGACAAGCAAUAG